AUGUUUGCAGUGGAGGAGGUGAACAGUAACAACAGCCUACUCCCUGGGCUGACGCUGGGCUACCACAUACUGGACAACUGUGGUCGGUACCCAUGGGCUCUGCAGAACGCCGUGACACUGGUCACAGGAGAGGAGGACGGCUGCUCUCUUACUGCAGCUUCAGCUUCUACACCUGAAAACCAAACGGUAGACAAAGGUAUUCUGCCCGCUCCAUUGCUGAUUGGUGGGUUCUCCUCAUCCUCAGCUAUCAUGUUGUCCAGGAUCCUCAGUCCUCUCUCUGUUCCCGUGAUCAGCUACAUGGCCAGCUGCCCCUGCCUCAGUGACAGGACCAAGUUUCCCUUCUUCUUCAGAACCAUGCCCAGUGACAUCUUCCAGGCCCGAGCCCUGGCUCAGCUGGUCCUACAGUUCAGAUGGACGUGGGUGGGAGUUGUUCUGCCCAACAGUGACUACGGUCAUCUUAUGGUCCAGGCAUUUAAGGAGGAACUCAUUGGAAAAGGAGUUUGUCUGGCAUUCACUGAGGUCAUCAGCAGACAAACCAUCAGCAGCGAUGCUCCACGUGUUGCUCUGAAGAUCAGAGACUCCACAGCCAGAGUGGUUCUGAUCCUCUGCUGGUACACUGAUGUCCACAAACUCUUCCUGGAGCUGAAGAACAUCAAUCUCACCACAUGUCAAUGUUCCUCUUUAUGCCCUGUUGACCUGCUGUACCUGCAGGUGACGGACAGACAGUUCCUGGCCAGUGAGGCCUGGAGCACCAGUCAAGCUCUUCUUCAAGAUCCUGACAUCUCAUCAGUGGCUCAGGGGGUUCUGGGCGUGGCCAUUAGAAGUUCACCGAUACCUGGAUUUGAAAAAUACCUCAGAAGUUUGCACCCAAUCACUCGUCCCAAUGAUGCCUUCCUAAGAGAAUUCUGGAAACAGGAGUUUGGGUGCAGCAUAGCUGCAGCUCCAUCCACCAGCUCUCCCUCAUCUCCAUCUGAAAGCUUGGAUCAAAAUGUUCCACUACCUUCCUGCAGUGGCAAUGAGUCCCUGCAGGGGAGGCAGCAUCCCUUCACAGACACAUCUCAAUUAAGGGGGUCAUAUAAUGUGUACCUGGCUGUUUACGCUGCCGCUCACGCACUCCACAGUCUUCUGUCCUGCCCUGGUGGAGACGAUGACAUCACUUCCUUCAGGAACUCAACCUGCUCCUCUCCAAAACACAUUCAACCAGAACAGCUGCUGCAGCACCUGAGCAGCGUCAACGUCUCCACACCACAGGGGGGCAGCUUUCAUUUCCAGGGGGCUGAUAUUCCAGCAACAUACGACCUGGUGAACUGGCAGAAGACUCCCGAAGGUUCUCUGGAACUGGUUUUGAUCGGCCGUGUGGACGGACUGGACCUGAGCCUGAACGACUCAGUGGUGCAGUGGAGCUCAGGCUACAGUCAGGUCCCAGAGUCAGUGUGCAGCAAACCCUGUCCUCCUGGAACCAGGACAAUGCCCAGGAAAGGAAAACAACUCUGCUGCUUCGACUGUGUGCCCUGUGCUGGAGGGGAAAUCAGCAACGUGACUGGUUCUCCUCACUGUAAUCCUUGUCCUCCUGAUUUCUGGUCCAAUUCUGAAAGAACCGCCUGCAUUCCUAAGGAGCUGGACUUCCUGUCCUUCAACGAGACCUUGGGCAUCACCCUGACCACAGCAGCAGUGUCUGGUGCCACAGUGACCGCUGCAGUGUUGGUGGUUUUCCUUUACUACCAUCAGACACCAGUGGUCCGAGCCAACAACUCUGAGCUGAGUUUCCUGUUCCUGGUUUCCCUGAAGUUCUGCUUCCUCUGCUCCUUGGUCUUCAUCGGUCCUCCGUCUGUCUGGUCCUGUCGUUUCCAGCAGGCAGCGUUUGGGAUUACCUUUGUCCUCAGCAUUUCCUGUCUCUUGGUAAAAACCAUGGUGGUUCUGGCAGCGUUUCGCUCAGCUCACCCUAGUGCUGCAGCAAUGAUGAGGUGGUUUGGACCUGCUCAGCAGAGGGCCAGUGUGUGCUUCUUCACCAGUAUACAGGUGCUCAUCUGUACUGUUUGGCUAGCACUCACCCCCCCCGAGCCUCACCUGGACCUGGACUUUCGCGGAGCAAAAGUGACCUUUACGUGUGUCAUGGUGUCGGUGCUGGGCUUCUCGCUGGUUCUGGGCUACAUUGGACUUCUCGCCUGCUCCUGCCUCCUUCUGGCUUUUCUGGCUCGGAAACUCCCGGACAAUUUCAACGAGGCUCGACUGAUCACCUUCAGUAUGUUGAUCUUCUGUGCCGUCUGGGUGGCUUUUGUACCUGCCUACGUCAGCUCACCGGGGAAGUAUGUGGUGGCUGUGGAGGUCUUCGCCAUCCUGGCCUCCAGUUACGGUUUACUCUUCUGUAUCUUCGCUCCAAAAUGCUUUAUUAUCCUGCUGAGACCGGAGAAAAACAGCAGGAGGCACUUGAUGUCUAAGUAGAACUUUGCUAUACAGGUCAGUACCUGGGAUUAAUAAAACCUGGGAUUAAUAAUCUGUACCGGUUUAUUGUAUGUUACAUAUAUGUAUGCAUGUGUGUGUGUAUAUAUAUAUAUACACUCAAAACAACUUUAGAUAACAAUAAUAAUAAUAGCAGUAAUAUUACUACUACUAAAUUGUUUAUACAUAUUCAGUACUGUACCAUCAAGGUCAACAAAGCCUUCUCUGUUGGCCUAAACAAUAUCAGAACUCGUUUUUCAAUAUAUUUACCUCAAAUUAUUAUAAAAUGUAAGUAUAAGUGAAAUAAAACAGCAAAAGUAAUAUAAAAGUAUUCUGUUCUAUUCAUUCAUUCUGGCUCUGUGUUUUUCUCUGACUGGGCUGCUUCCAGUUAUCUAGGAAAUAAUGACUACAUCUCAAGUAACAAAACCCUUUCUGUCUUCAACAAAUUACCUUGACAGAAUAAUUACAAUUACAACACAUUUUUACAUCCUACAGUACGAUAAUACUUUCAAGUAUUUUAAUUACAAUAUAGGACUUCUCUACUUACCCCUCCCUGACAAACAUCUGGACAUUGUGACUCUUUAGUUGUUUUAAUGUUUAUGUUCAGAACUCUAACAAGUUGUCUGUUUUGUCAGGGUUUGAACUGUAACUGGAUCAGAGAAAAAAACAGUACGGUGAAAAAGAGAGUGAUUUUUAUGUGAUCUGACUUGCAGAGUAAAAAUGGAACAUUCUCAACUUCAUUAUUCUCAACUUCAUGUAUCAAAAAAUAUUUUAAAUAAUAAACAAGGAAAACUUAAAAUUUAAUUUAAAAAAUACUUUUUGAGUUUAAAAAAAGGUUUUGAGUCAGAUACUUGCUCACCCAAGAUCAGAAACAUUAUGGAAAGUUUCAGUAGUAGAAAAAAAACAGACAGACCAAAGGGUUAGUCUGAGAACAAUCACAAUUCAAAAAAGAACAAGAAAACAUUUGAGGUGGAAUCUGUUGGAGACCUGAGGUGAGUGAUGCUCUUCUACUGCCACGUUUUAGCUUCACCAACUGAAAUGAAGGAAAAAAGUUUUCAAUUUUAGAACCAGCAGCAGAAGAAGUGACAGAGGUUUAACAGCUACAACAGAAAAAAACACAAAAAA